AUGGCCAAUUUCGUAGUCUUGCGAGACUCCACAGCCUACAACAUCAUCUUGGGGAGAAAAACCAUCAACGAUCUUGGGGCAGCGAUUAGCACGAAGCUGCUCGUAAUGAAGUUUAUUACUGAUGACGGAUCCGUAGGAUCCAUCAGAGGGGACUUGGAAACGGCAGUCGCUUGCGAUCACGCCAGUCUCUCUCUCAGGAAAAAGUCCAAAGAAGCAUCAGGGGUUUUUCUUGCCGACCUGGAUGCCAGAAUAGACAACAAGCCCAGGCCCGAGCCAGAGGGGGACUUGGAAAAAUUUAGGAUACCGAUGUACCGACCCGACGAGGACAAAACAGCGUUCAUAACGCCUGGAGGGAUCUACUGCUACAAGGUAAUGCCAUUUGGUCUGAAAACCACACGGCCCGACGAUCUCCUAAACGACCUGGGGGGCGUGUUCGCGUCCCUCCGGCAACACGACAUGAGGCUCAACCCGCUCAAAUGCGCCUUUGCCAUGGAAGCUGGGAAGUUCUUAGGGUUCAUGAUCACCCAAAGAGGAGUAGAAGCCAACCCUGAAAAAUGCAAAGCAAUUCUCCAGAUGAAGAGCCCGGGUUGUAUCAAAGACGUCCAACGAUUGGCAGGAAGGCUGACUGCAUUAUCCCGUUUCCUCGGCGCAUCGGCAGCAAAAGCUCUGCCCUUCUUCAAUCUGAUGAAAAAGGGGAUAGCAUUCGAAUGGAUCCCAGCGUGUGAAGAAGCAUUCAACCACUUCAAGGAGAUCCUAGUAGCACCUCCGGUGCUCGGGAAGCCCAAGGCCGAAGAGCCACUCUACCUCUACCUGGCAGUAACAGAGGAAGCCCUUGCAGCAGUGCUCGUACGAGAAGAAGGGAAGGCUCAGCAACCGAUUUACUUCGUAAGCAGAGCUCUACAAGGAGCAGAGCUGAGGUACAGCAAACUGGAAAAGCUGGCGCUGGCACUCCUAACCUCCUCCCGAAGGUUGAGGCAGUACUUCCAGGGCCAUCGCGUAGUCGUGAGAACGGACCAAGCAAUUCGCCAAGUACUCCAAAAACCUGAUUUGGCUGGAAGGAUGAUGACCUGGGCCAUCGAGCUCUCCCAAUACGACUUGCAGUAUGAGCCCCGACAUGCAAUCAAGGCGCAGGUGAUGGCAGAUUUCUUGGUAGAGGUAACAGGUGACCCCCACGAGGAAACGGGUACACGGUGGAGGCUCCACGUAGACGGGGCCUCUAACCAGACGUCCGGGGGAGCCGGGGUCAUCUUAGAGAGCCCGGCGGGAGUCAUUUACGAGCAAUCAUCUAAGUUCGAAUUUCCGGUGUCGAACAACCAAGCAGAAUACGAAGCCCUCUUAGUUGGACUGACCCUAGCCCGAGAAGUCGGGGUAACAAGGCUGGAAGUGUGUAGCGAUUCACAGGUCGUCACCUCGCAAGUAAACGGAAGCUAUCAAGCCAGGGACCCCCUCCUGCAAAAGUAUUUGGAAAAGGUUAGAGAAUUGACCAGGCAGUUCCAAGAGGUCACGGUCCAACACGUUUCAAGAGAAAGGAACACACGGGCAGACCUCCUAUCUAAAUUAGCAAGCACGAAGCCGGGAGCUGGCAACCGGUCUCUCAUCCAGGGCAUGGUGAAGGAACCGACAGUUGCCCUCCAUCUGACGGAGUCAAGCCCCUCCUGGCUGGACCCCAUCACAAACUUCUUUGAACAUGGCAAGCUGCCUGAUGAUGAGAAAGCGACCAAAACAUUGAGAAGGGAGGCUGCCAAAUAUGCAGUCAUACAAGGACAACUGUUCAGAAAGGGGCUCAGCCAACCCCUAUUGAAGUGGUUACACCCCGACCAGAUGGACUAUGUGAUAACCCGUUUCGGUAUCCCGGAGGUCGUCAUUUCGGAUAAUGGGACGCAGUUCACUGACAAGAAGUUCACGGAAUUCCUCACCGGCCUGGGGAUAAAACAAAAGUUUUCCUCAGUAGAACAUCCCCAGAUGAACGGACAAGUGGAAUCCGCAAACAAAGUCAUCCUACUAGGCCUCAAGAAGCGCUUAGUCAACAAGAAAGGCGCAUGGGCAGACGAGCUCGCUUCGGUCCUCUGGUCUUACCGGACAACCGAGCAAAGCUCCACCGGGAAAACCCCCCUUUCGCCUAACGUACGGGGUCGACGCAGUAAUACCCGUGGAAAUUGGCGAACCGAGUCCACGGUUACUUCUCGCAGGAGUAGACGAAGCGGUGGAAAAAGACCUGGUGAAAGAGACCAGAGAGAUGACCCACUUGUCAGAAAUAGCACUAAAACAAAGAAUAGCUCUGCGCUACAACACUAA